UUUCCUCUCUGUCUCUCCCUUCAGAUUAAAGGACCUUGAGGUGGCCAAGCUGGGGGACUCCGAUGUCCAUGUCAAGAUGUUGGCAGCCCCCAUCAACCCCGCCGACAUCAAUAUGAUCCAAGGGACCUACCCCAUCCUGUCCCCACUGCCGGCCGUGGGAGGGAACGAAGGCGUUGGGGAAGUGCUGGAGGUCGGGCGGCGCGUGGCGACUCUCAAACCCGGGGACUGGGUCAUCCCGGCGAGCACCGGCCUCGGAACGUGGCGGACACGGGGGGUGUUCCCGGAGGAGACGCUGCUGAAGGUGCCCCGUGACAUCCCGGUGCUGAGCGCGGCCACCCUGAGCGUCAACCCCUGCACGGCGUACCGCAUGCUGACCGACUUCCAGAGCCUGGCACCAGGUGACUCCGUCAUCCAGAACGCCGCCAACAGCGGCGUGGGCCAGGCCGUCAUCCAGAUCGCCAAAGCCUUUGGCAUCAAGACCAUCAACGUGGUGAGGGACAGACCUGAUCUCCCAAAGCUGGUGGAGAGGCUGAUGGCCAUGGGUGCAGACCACGUCAUCACGGAGGAGAUGCUGAGAAAGCCAGAGAUGAAAGAUCUAUUUAAGAGCGUCCCGAAGCCCCGGCUCGCCCUGAACUGCGUCGGAGGCAAAAGCACCACGGAGAUGCUGCGGCACCUGCAGCCUAAAGGGACCAUGGUCACCUAUGGGGGGAUGGCAAAGCAGCCCGUGACGGUGCCUGUGAGUGCCUUCAUCUUCCGGGACGUGCAGCUCCGCGGCUUCUGGGUGACCCAGUGGAAGAAGGACCAUGCUCAGGACCAGGAGAGCGUGACCAGCAUGAUGGACACCCUGUGCCAGCUCAUCCGGAGGGGACAGCUCACCGCCCCGGCCUGCACCGAGGUCCCACUCCAGGACUACAAGGUGGCGCUGGAGGCGUCCAUGAAACCCUUCAUCUCCUCCAAGCAGAUCCUCCUCCUCUGACCUGCAGCUCCACCACAGCCAAGGCAAAAAAACCUCCAAAUCCAUUGAUUUUGAUUUUUUUUUUUUUUAAUUUAAACUUUUGGGUGCCCACUGGAAGUUUUCAAAGCCUCUGCAGUUUGGCCUGGUUGGCGACGGGUGUAAUUGCUUUUGGAGGGUGGCCGCGAUGUCGCUUGCACUGGGGUGGGUUUGGGAGCCAGGAGAAGCUCAGGGAGCCCAGGGCCGGGGGCUGGCUCGGCUCAGGGUGGCAAAAGAGCCACGGUUCCCCCCUCACGUGUGUGGUUUUGGGGCUGGGGGGGGCUGCACCGCCGCCUCCUGCCUGGCUUAGCAGCUCUCAGCCUGGUUCUGCUGCUGGCACUGUCCCUCCAGGUGAUUUUUGGGCUGCUUUUGGGUGACUUUGCAGGGUGGCACGGGGCUGGUUGCUCUCUGGUUCCCGGCUGGCACCGUGUCCCCUCCUCUGAGCCACCUCUGUGUGUGUCCCCUCCAAGCUCAGCAGCGGUUCGGUGGGCUGGGGGCACUCCCUACGUGGAAUUGGGAGAUGAAAAAUCAAAUUUUGAAGUUUAUUUUUACUUUUUCCCCCACCCAGCCCGUGCCACGCUGGCGGGAGGAGGGCAGGGGGAUGCCCCUGCAGGCUGGAGGACAAGGGCACAAAGGGCUUUUCCAGCCCUUGGCAUCACUUCAGCUCAAAAAUUAGCUCUAAAAGCCUUAGAAAAAAAAAAUCAAAGAAGGAAAUGCCAAAUUCCCAAGUACCAGCCAGCUCUGCCACACCAGCAGGAGCUGCAGGACACCAUAGAUGCCCAUUGUCCCCUUGGGGACAGCCCGGGGGUGGUGGCAUUUGAGGUGGGGACAGGACUCACCCAGCAGGUCAUGGCCAGACACGUGUGGGGCAAGGGGGGGGCUUUUUUGUAAUACCUGGACUUGAAUUGAGUUUUGCUGCUGUUUCUGCUGCCACUACUGAGUGUGACGAGAACCUCUGGGAAAUCAAUGUCUAAUAAACGUCUAUUUUUUUAA